UGGUGUUGGAAUAACAUUUUGCUAUAGGUCAUUCUGAGCUUUCACAUACUGUAGUGUUUUGGUUUACUAUGACCAAAUGUUAAGUUAACUUUCUACACAUUUGUCUUUUUUUCCAUAUUUUUUUCUUUAAGAUCUGUUAAACAAUGGAAAAUCUAUAAACUAUAUGAUUAGAGUAAUAAGUUAUAUAAACAAUACAGUUAUUAUUGUUGUUGUUAUAAUUAUUUGUGAACAUGCUUCAAGAGUGGUGCCUUGUAAUCUGAGACUUUUUAUGAUUGGAAAAUGAUGCAAUGACACAUGACUGGUGGGAAAGAUGGGCAGGCUGUUUUGGCCAUGUCUGUGGCUCAGGCACCCGUGACACAGAGGGGCCGUCCUAAUUAAAAAUGGGUCAUGCUUGGUUGGAGAACGUCAUAAGGGGCAAGUGAAUCACCUCACUGCUUUCUUACAACACUGAAUUGUACUGCACAUUGCCGCACAGACCGGGCCAUAUGUGUAUUCACAUAUCUGUACAGUAUGAUUGAUCAGAAAAAGUUUUAUAAGGCUGACAUAUAAGGACUUAUCAACCUUAUGGUCAGUUGUUGGAAGUUUAUGUCGUCUUUUUUUAUUGCCCACUGCUUUCAAGUGGCUUCAGAGCAAUGGCUAGUUUCGGAAAAUGUGAUGUGCUCUCGCGCCUAUUUGUGAGCCUGCUAUAAAUAGGCCCUGCUGGCAACACAUGCUCUGCUGUGAUUGACAAUUCUAGUGCUACUGGGACAGCAGGCUCCAAAGAACAGGCAAAAAGCAUAUGAAUGGUGAGUUUUUUAAGUGUUGUCCUGUGAUAUAGUUGUGUCACUUAAUCUAAUGUUGGAGUGGAAAUAUAUUUCUGUUUGAAAUCGAAUAGAAAUAAAUGUGUGUGACCCAAGUUAAAGUAACAAACAGCAGAUCCUAUUUAUAACCUCUCUGUUCAAAUGGUCUGCUUGUUGAGACUAGUAGCUCUAAACAGUUAUCUCUAAAUUAUAUUUUAAAAUCACAAAUCCAUAUUCAUUAUACUGCUUAUUAUUUCUUUAAGUAUUUGUCAUUCUCUUUUUAAUUGUUUAAUUUUUCUUGUUUUCAGUAGACAGCCAGAAGUAUCAAAGUGGAGCUUUGCAUUUUGUUUCUAAAAGUUUGCAGACCUUGAUUUUGAUUCUACAGAAAUAUUGAAACCCCACUUAAAGAAAGUUGGGUUUUUUGGACUGUUGAAGUUAUUUCUUGUGGACAAUGACAUCCAGGAGGCCCAUGACUCGCUCUUACUCAGGAAAUGGGAGAUCAGGCAGCCAAAAUGGGGAGGAUGUUUCAGCACCAAGCGGAAGGUCAGAAAGCCGCAACUACCUUUCCAAUGUCAGGCCGGAAAACAGGUAUUCAAACUACAGGCCAUCGAGGAGUACAUUAUGUACCGUCAUGGCCCAGUUGACUGAAGACACCCAGCCAUGCUUUGAAACCACCAUAAAAUCCAAGGCAGUGUCAGAAUCCUGCAAUGUCAAAUUCAGUUGUGUGGUCACAGGGAACCCGGCUCCCGAACUGACAUGGUACAAAGAUGACAUGGAAUUAGACCGAUAUUGUGGUCUUCCCAAAUAUGAAAUAUUUCGCAAUGGAAAAAAUCACACACUCCACAUCUACAAUUGUACAGAGGAAGAUGCAGCCAUUUAUCAGGCCUCAGCGAGGAACAGCAAAGGCAUCGUCUCCUGUUCUGGGGUUCUUGAGGUGGGUACCAUGAGCGAGUACAUGAUCCACCAACGGUUCUUCGCCAAGCUGAAACAAAAAGCUGAGAACAAGCGGCGUGAGGUUGAGGAGAGUCGACGUCGGGGUAAGGAGAACAUCGAGAAGGAACAGUUGAAUGUGAUCAACCAAGAACGCUUACUAAGGAAACAUCGGUCCCCUACUGGUAAUGAGCCCUUGACCUCUCAAGGAAUCGAUGCUGAUGAGGAACCUUCAGUGACAGAUGAUAAAUCAAGUGAUAUCACAGUACAAGCUUGUGUAGGAACCACUGAGGCGUCAACGGAGAACGGCAAUGAGCAGCUCAACCAUGUCUACGAUAUGGCUGAGGUAAAGCGUUCAGCCACAGAAACGGUAGGGGAAAAGAACAUAUGUAUUCCCAAUGGAUAUGAUGAAGCAAAGCUCGUUCAGAGCAUCAGAGAAGAUGAUGGUUAUCAAGGAAUGAGUCUUGCAAAAUAUUUAGCUCAUACUGUGCAGUCACAAGGUGCUGAGCAACAUCAGAGCGCUCCCCAACCACAGGAGAUCAAGGAGGCGGACGUUAGUGCUGUUCAAGAAAAAGAAAGAGAGAGAGCGUUGGAAAAAGAAAGGGAAAGGUUAAAAGAAGAAGAGAGAGAGAGAUCAAGAGAAGAAGAAAGAGAACGAUUAAGAGAAGUAGAGCAAGGAAGAGAGAGAGUUAGACAAAUAGAGCAGGAACAAAACGCUGCGUCUGUAUCCACAGCCAAGGUGGUGUCGCAUAGAGAGCCCGAACAUAAACACAAGUCAGCUCCCCAACCACAGGAGAUCAUGGAGGUGGACGUUAGUUCCGUUCAAGAAAAAGAAAGAGAGAGAGCGUUGGAAAAAGAAAGGGAAAGGUUAAAAGAAGAAGAGAGAGAGAGAUCAAGAGAAGAAGAAAGAGAACGAUUAAGAGAAGUAGAGAAAGAAAGAGAGAGAGUUAGGCAAAUAGAGCAGGAACAAAACGCUGCGUCUGUAUCCACAGCCAAGGUAGCAUCACAUAAUGAGCCCGAACAUCAACACAUAUCAGCUCUUACCUCGGUUUUUCACUCCUUAAAGGACAUAUUCUUCGGCAAAAGUAAGAAGCCUGAAUCCACAAGGCGAACUAGUGGAGGAAGUGUUGAAAAAGACAUUUAUCAUGAGAUAUCCUUGCCUCCCUCACAAACAUCUCCACAAGAACCAGAAACUAAACCUUCAGUCCAUGUUGUGGGAUCUGGGCAGGAUUUACCAAAGCUGGUGGAGGAACCAUCUCACGUUGUGGAUUUGGAAAUAAAAACAGAACCUCAACUUCAGACACAAAAGCCCGCAACUGAGACUGUAAACACCAAUUCAGUUAAACACAUUUCUAAUGUAAACAAACCCGAGGAUGUGUCUCAAAGUCCUGAACGACAUCACAAGAGCGUUAAAGCAACACUUUCUCUGGAGGCGCAGGGGAUGGUGAGGAUGGCUGAGGAGGAGAACAGUUUGGAGGAGGUGCCAGAGAUUUCCCAUCCGUCAUUGUUCAGGGCUACAGAUGACCACACCAAACACAGCAGCUAUGAUGUUCCUGUCUCUUUCAACUUGGAUAAUCCUCCAUGUGAGACCGCAGGGCUGAAAUCUACCGAUCCUUUGGAUGAGGUCAUGCGAGGUGCUGAGGAAAUGCAUAUUUUAGGAGAACAGAGGGGCACAGCUGCCCCCCAGACAGACCUCAACAUGGCAGACCUGGAAAGCAUUAAGUGUUGUGAGAGCCAGACAGAGUCUCAGCUUUCACAGCUAGCUGACUAUGUCCCACUCAUAGUGCACAUGGAGUCCCAGCCUGUGCAACCGAUGGAUAUGAGCAAAAAGUGUGACGAGAAAGAGAUUCCUCAUAUGGAGGGAGAAUGUGUUGAAGCAGAAGAGGGAGGUUUCCCGACUGAAAUAAAUAAUGAGAUUGAUGGCGCAAAAGAAGGGAAAUCUUUAGCUGCAAAAGAAAAUGAAUUGAGAAGUUCUUUUGUAAUAAACAAGUCAGUCCCUAGUGUAGAUCUAGUGAAUGGUAUACAAAAUGCAUCAUCAUCAGCAUUAGUUGUGAAUCAAGGAGAGAUUUCGGUCUCUCUUUUGUCUGAGAAUGCAAUGAAGUUUGACUUAAAACCAGACGAAAAAUCUAUACCAGCACAGCAGACACCAGACAAAAAAUCUUCAGUAGCACCAAAGGUUUGUUUAAUUGACAAAAAAGAAGGUGGAGUUGAUUCUGAUCCAGUGAAUGACCGUAAAAAAGAGGAAAACAAAAAGGAUCAAAACAUCGCAAGUCAUGAAAGGUGUUCUGUAAAAAACAAACAAGAUGGCGUUGAAGACAAGAUGUACAAAAGCGUUGAGAAACCAAGUGAGGAAAAGAGGAAUGUUAGCACUGAAGAAAAGAAGAAUGAUGACAAGAGCAAUAAAAAUGCCAUUCCUGAUUUAGAAACAUCCCCCAUGGUUGAGAUAUCUAAAAAUGUAAGACGUGCUGAGGUCAUGGACACUCAACCAAGGCCAUUCAGAGUAGACAGAUCCCCAAAACUUCUUACUAAAGCACAAGCUGAGAGACGUUUGACAGAGAAGGACCAAUCAGCAGUUCAACCAAUCAUAAUACUCCCUGAUACACGUGAAACCGUCAUCAAAAACGUGGCUAAGAAAAGAGCCCCGCCACAAAUCCCAGAAAUCAAGGUCACACUGCCAGAGAGAGUCAAACGGGAAGAACCUGUGAACAUGCCCAGAAAUGAUGUUUUGAAAUUGGAGCCCGAGCGAGUUAUGCAACCCAUGAUAAAGGAGGUUGCACAGGUAUUUCGAGGAACCGAGAGACCAGUAGAUGAAGCAACUAAAAAGACUGGUGAAUCUGCCCGUAACAGUGCUCGAAUUAAUCCAGAGCCUUCGGGCGUGAACAGGAACAUUCUGUCAGCACCUUCAGGGGAGAGAGCACAGGAUGUUAAACAACAAAAUCUAGAUGCGAGGCCAAGAGGCGGAGAAGCACAAGGAAGUUGGCGGGGCAGAGAAGAUGACAACAAUAUCCCUACAAUUAACAUAGCAUGUGCUGAUGAUAAUGCAACCACUAUUGAACGAGAACCAACGUACGGCCAGCUUUCACUUCCCGGCAUAGUAAUCUCGCAAGAUAUCACUCAACCGCAUACAUUACCUCCAAUUUCUGUCACAAACGCUAAAACAAGUUCAAAAACCAAAGAAGAUUUAGAGCUGUUUGUGAAGCCAAAGAGUGGAACGGAUCAUGUUGCUUCUUCCGAGAAACCGAAAGAAAACCCUAGGACUCAACUUAGUCCUGAUGUGUCUUUGUCUUCAUCCACAAAAACCUCUCAAAGUUGUCAAGACACAGAUAAAGUUUCUUCACCGAAAGACGCAAGGGUUGAACCCGAAGCUGAAAGGCUUCAAAGAGACAAACCUUCCAUAGAAAAACUAAACCUUACAACCCCCGUGGGACCUACUCUCCCUCCACUCAGUCCUGCCAGUUUGAGACGCCUCAUGGCAAAGAAUAACCCCAAUUUAGAAAAUCAGGGUUCCGCCUCGGCUGCCUCAGUGGACGGAGGUGAGAAGAAAGGGGAAGAGAGUGGGGGGAGCACACCCACAUCCACUUUGUCCUGUGAGAGCAGCCCCAAGAUGAAGCGACGCGACAGUCUAACGCUGAUCCCCUCCGCCACGCCGGAGGAGCUCGCUUCAGGUGCUCGCCGCAAAAUCUACCUCGCCAAAACCAAAUCUGAGGAUGAAGGAUCUGACACGCAGGGAAAAAGAGACAGCCCGUAUAUGUCACCCAGUCAAGCGCGAAGGGCGGCUUUUCUUCAAUUGCAAAGCGGACAGCAAACGCCACCCACGGAAAGACGUUCACCUAUGGCCAGACGUAAGGCCACGCUGGAGGUUCCAAAACCGAAGGAGGAAAGCAUAGAGGUGGUAGAAAGUGCGAAGACAGAGAGCAAACCACCAGAGAAGGAAAAGUUGGACCCUUUUAAAGCUCCUCAGGUUAUCAGGAAGAUUAGAGGAGAGCCCUUCUCAGAUGCCUCGGGCCACUUGAAGCUGUGGUGCCAGUUUUUUAAUGUUCUCAGUGACUCCACUAUCAAGUGGUACAGAGACGAAGAAGAGAUUCUGGAGAUGGAACGACGCGCUGGAGAUGAAAGUCCAUUGGCACUGGCAAUAGUCCAGGCGUCCAGCAGAGACUGUGGAGUGUAUGGCUGCUCUAUCAAGAAUGAAUAUGGGACUGACAUGACUGACUACUUACUCAGUGCAGACAUACUGUCAGAAUUUUUCCUAAGGGAUGAUUUAGAAGUGGGCGAGGAGAUCGAGAUGACACCUAUGAUGUUCACCAAAGGCCUGGCAGACUCGGGUUACUGGGGAGAAAAAUUCUUCGGGCGUAUCAUGACGGAAGAGGUCCAGAUUGGAGAGGGCUGUGUUCACAAAACCUGCAGGACAAAGGUCAUCUACGGUUUGGAUCCUGUCUUUGAUUCUGGCAGCACAUGCGUCACUAAAGUAAAAAAUCCCAUCGCAUUCGGCGGGAAGGAAGAGAGCAACCUGACUGAGAAAAAUCUGGAGAUCACCAAACAGGAGUGUAAAAUUCAGAAUACUGUUCGGGAGUACAGCAAAAUAUUUACGGCGGAGGCCAGAGUGAUCGAGAACUUUGGAUUCUCAUUAGAAGUGAUCCCACUUCAUCUAAUGUAUCGGCCCGCCAACACAAUCCCAUACGCUACAGUAGAAGCUGAUUUGAAAGGCGUGUAUUUGAAAUACUGUUCGAUGGACAACACUGGACGAUUGAUCACUAGAAGCACCUCUGAGGUGGAGCAAAAGUGUUGCUCUUUCCAGCACUGGAUCCAUCAAUGGACCAACGGCAACCUCCUUGUAACAAGGCUAGAAGGUGUCGAUGCAAAGAUCACAUCUGUUGAAAUUGCUACCAAGUCUAAAGGGUAUCAAGGUCUCACAGACAAAGCGUCUCCAAAGAUAAUGGAGCAGUUCAUUACUCAGCAUCAGUGUAACUACUACUGUGGUUUACUGAGUCUGAGACCUCUAAAGCCCCUGGACUCUUUACAACAACCCAAAAUAAAGACCUCCAAGAGUCCCCUACUGGCACGAAGGGGAAUAGCAGGCUCAUCGAGCCCCCAGCUGCAGAAGAAAGGAAAUAACAGCCCACAGUCCACCCGGAAAGGAAUUUCUAGCCCCAAAGUGACUAAAAAGACAAGUGAGUCAGGAGAGAACUCACCCGCUGUCAAACACAAAACUGUGGAGGCCCCAAAAUCGGUGAGGAUGAGGUAGAGAGAAGGAUUGAGACUCAUGGGAAAAAAUGCAAGCUUUGGCAUUUUUUCUAUUUUCCUUACCGUUAUCAUUCGUGUGGAGCCUAUAAUAUACAAUUAUCAGUAGGUUACGUUGUACAGGACAGCGAGAUUCCUUGUGUCCAUAGACUGGCAUGAAAACCUAUGACCGAGGAUUGUUCAUAGUCUUUGCACAUAGUGUCUAAAAUGCACGAGCUGAAGAAAGCAAGAGUACGAAGGACUAUACAGAUAUACUAAAGAGAUGAAUGACCAGAGGUGUUUGGCAGUUUUUGAUAUUACUGUGAAUAUGUACGACACCAUAAAUACCUCUUGAGGCCACCAUUACUUUAAGAGCUGAAUUGAGACUAUCCCCUUUCAAGACCACUGCUGGGGAAAAAAUAUGAAACCCGGACUGUCUGCAAAUGGAUAAACAAUGUUUUCAUAUAGACUCUGGAACUUUGUUGUGGUUUAUUCAAUUGUUUCUAUAUCAGAUUUGAGAAGGAUUCCUCAAGGAUUCCUCAAAAAUCUGUGAUGUAUGUCUCGGCUGUGCUGAAAUGCUGCUUUUUUGGUAGCCGUGUCUGAUACGCAUUUUUUGUGAAUUGCUCUGCGUUUAAGGAUCCGGCCACACAUUUGAUGAGUGACUGUCCAUGCUUUACAUUCUCUAACACCACACUUGGUUGUUCAUAUUUGGGCAAACUUUGAGCUAUAUAAUCAAGACAAAUUUGUUUUUAUCUUAAAUCUGAGGGAAGAUCAAACUUUAUUGUCAUAGUAAAGAUAUUUAUACAAUUGACAGUACAGAGUUCACGUGUCAUCGGUGUUUAUUGCCCUGCAAAUUUACAAAAAUUGAAAAAUAAUAUAAAAUAUAUUUUAAAUGUAGAUUUUUGUAAACUUUUAAUGCUCAUGUGUUUACAAAAACGUUCUCAUCUUUAGGUUUUGAUUACAUGUAUUUUAAUUUAAAAUUUUACCAAAAUCAAUAAAUGGUACCUGCCUUAACCUUUACCCCAUUUCAACAUCA